AUGGGGGAUCUCCCUUCGUUAAGAGUUUCCAAAUUAAAGGCAUUUUCCUGCGUCGGUUUGGAUUAUGCCGGUCCAUUUAAGAUCACGAUGGGUAAAUAUAGAGGCGCCAAAAGUUAUAAGGGUUAUAUAUGCAUUUUUGUUUGUUUCGCGACAAAGUGUAUCCAUCUUGAAUUAUCGUCAGAUUUAACAAGCGAAACGUUCAUAGCUUCACUCAGGCGCUUCAUUGCACGUCGAGGUAGAUGCUCUGUCAUUCACUGCGACUGCGGAACAAACUUCGUAGGAGCUAACCGUCAAAUUCUGCAACUAUUUCAGCAAGCCGCCGAAACCGAGAAUAUUGAGUUUAGGUUUCACCCUCCCGGUUCGCCUCAUUUCUCUGGCCUCGCUGAAGCUGGAGAUAAAUCGGUAAAGACUCAUCUUUACAGAACUAUUGGAGAGCAAAUAUUAACCUAUGAAGAGUUCUACACGCUGUUAACGCAAAUAGAAGCUGUUUUGAAUUCUCGACCGCUCUAUCCCGCCAGUAAUGAUCCCAAUGACAUUUCAGCUUUGACUCCUGGUCACUUCCUUACUUUAGAGCCCUUGAGUUGCCUACCUGAACCUGACCUCUCUCAUCUUAAGUUGAGUACCUUGAAUAGAUGGCAAUUGUUACAACGACUUCAUACGCAAUUUUGGAGCCGUUGGCGUAAUGAAUACUUACAUACACUCCAACAGAGAGGGAAGUGGCUAAACCCUCCACAAUCAAUCUCUGAAGGUGAUCUUGUUUUAAUAAAAAACGAAAAUACUUCACCCUUGCACUGGCCCCUGGGUCGUAUUGUUAAGUUAUAUUUAGGCAAGGAUAAUGUGGCCCGAGUAGCCGAUGUACGUACUUCACAAGGAUUGCUAAAAAGAGCAAUAAUUAAAUUGUGUCCAUUACCAAUGCCUGAUUGA